AUGUUGUGCAGCCAUGUUCCGAGGGUGAUGGAAAUACUUCAUCUCGAAGAGAUCCCCGCUAAGCAUAUAGUGAAGCGGUGCACAAAGGACGCGAGGGACAUACUGUCGCAACACCGGGCUCAGUAUCAGAGAGACAACUCAGCUAACAUGUCCUUUACCUGUAGACACUCGAAGCUGUACCUGAAAGCCAUGGAGGUGGUGAGGAUGGAUGAUGCGAGUGCGACAGCGUACGAUCACCUAUAUGAAGGUUUGGACGCCCUGCUGGUGAGUGGUGCACCUUUGGCCGAGAAGAGGGUCGGCUUGGGUCUCCACGACCGAAUGGCCGGCUUAACUCCUGGUACAUUGCUUGGCAAUGAUGAGAUAGCAUACCUGGGUGGCGACGGUGCUGAAAAAUGCAUCAGUACUGGAAACUCUGUUAAUGUGAAUGGUCUGCACGGUCUAAAAGCACCGGAUAAGCAGAGGGGAGUUGGAAGAUCAACAAAUAGUAGAGAAAAGGCAUCGUACGAGGGACUCAGUAGGCGAAACAGAUUCUGCAGUAUAUGCAGAUGCGAAGGGCACAAACAAACUACAUGCCCUGAGAGACGGGAUGCCCUGAAGAAACCACGAAAGCCCGGUAGAUGCAAGAAUUGUGGUAUGGAAGGGCACCGGCGGACCACAUGCACAAGGCCUUUGGGUGUUACUGAGAAAUGA